AUCCAGCCAAUCAGUGCGUCCUUCGAUCGAGCAUCGUUUUUUAACUACCUUUUUCUUCUGCCUUUUCUUGAUUCCAAUCUUGAUCAAAUUCACCUCUUAAUAUACUGAUUGGCUGGGUUUUGAUUCGAAGCGCAGUCUAGGGUUUUGCACUUUGGAAUUUGUUAUCGAUCUAUAGUAGUGAAGUGUGUAUAGUAAUGGCAGAACCGCGAGUCGAUAAGAAGAAGAAGAGAGUGGUGGUUAUUGGUGGCGGCGUAGCAGGUUCUCUUCUUUGCAAAACCCUUCAAAAGCAUCGACAUUUUGAUUUCACCCUCAUUGAUUCGAAAGAGUAUUUUGAGGUGACAUGGGCAAGGCUGAGGUCAAUGGUGGAACCAUCAUUUGCAAAAAGAUCUGUGAUUAAUCACCAUGAAUAUCUUCAAGGGGCAAGUAUUAUCACAUCUGAUGCAAAUGGGAUUGAAGACAAUGAAGUGUCAACUACAGAAGGUCGCCUGAUUUCAUAUGAUUAUCUUGUAAUUGCCACAGGUCACAUGGGUAGCAAAUGUGUCACAAAACCUGAGAAGCUCAGGGAGUAUGAAGCAGAUAAUGAAAAGAUCAAAUCUUCAGAGUCAAUAUUGAUAAUUGGAGGGGGACCCACUGGUGUGGAACUUGCAGCUGAAAUUGCUGUUGAUUUUCCCACCAAAAAGGUAAAACUAGUUCACAAGGGUUCAAGAUUGCUGGAGUUUAUAGAUGAAAAGGGUAGUAAAAAGGUCCUUGAUUGGUUAACUCUUAAGAAAGUUGAGGUAAUUUUAGGUCAAUCUGUUGCUUUGACUUCCAGCUCUGAUGAUGGAACUUAUAAAACAUCUGAAGGUGAAACUAUCAUGGCUGAUUGUUAUUUUAAAUGCACAAGUGAUCCGAUUGGUUCAUCAUGGCUUAAAGAGACAAGUCUCAAGGAUAGUUUGAAUGAUAGUGGGAGAUUAAUGGUUGAUGCAAACUUUAGAGUCAAAGGGUUUGACAAUAUCUUUGCAAUUGGAGAUAUCACUGAUGUUGCAGAACUUAAACAAGGAUAUUUGGCACAAAAGCAUGCUUUGGUGGUUGCUAAAAAUUUGGAGUUGUUGAUAAAUGGAAGUGAUGGGGGCAAUAUGGUAAAAUACACUCCGGGCUCACCAACGGCAAUUGUGUCAUUGGGGAGAAGAGAGGCCUUGUUGCAAGUAUGGUGUGUAACAUCGAUUGGGCGGGUUCCUGAAACUUGUUUACACAUCACGGACACGAUUUGCAUCCUCAAGCCGUUCAUCAGGUCUUCAUCAAUCUUCGUCCAUGCAAUAUCACAUCAAAGAAUUGAAGUAAACGAGAUGAGUUCGACUAAGGACGCCUUGGAAUCGAUCGACAAAAGACGUAAAAUUGCGGAUCAGUUAAUCAAUCAACUUGAUGAACAACUUGUUGAGUGUAAAGAGGAGAUGAAAAGACUUCCACAUUCUCCAGCUGAUCAAGAAGCUGUGAUAGCUCAUGCAAAGAUACUUCUCGGACACAAAAAAAAUGUACCAAGAACAAAUUUACAUACUAAACAACCAAGCAUUGAACCUACGUCAAGUGGAAUCCGUUUCCCAAAGUCUUAA